AUGACGCCAGCCGGACGGGGAGACAGAAAACAGCUGUUCUCUGCAGCGGUGUCCCUUCACGCUGCUAAAAACAACACCUCCCCCGCUCGUCUCUCGGAUCGUUCUCCAGUCUACUCAAGACUCCCAGGAUGCAUUUCACUAUCCGCGUGUACAACAACCAAUCGUGAGGCUUCGGUUGGGAUUAGGAAACGUCCCACCGUUGGACCCGGUCUCCUGGGUGAAGGUCCUGAGUUUGGCGUUGGCGUUGUGUCUCUGGGUGAUGGCGUUGUGUUACUGAGCGGUGGCGUUGUGUUACUGAGCGUUGUGUUACUGAGCGGUGGCGUUGUGUCUCUGGGUGUUGGCGUUGUGUCUCUGGGCGUUGGCGUUGUGUUACUGAGCGUUGGCGUUGUGUCUCUGGGUGUUGGCGUUGUGUCUCUGGGCGUUGGCGUUGUGUUACUGAGCGGUGGCGUUGUGUCUCUGGGUGUUGGCGUUGUGUCUCUGGGCGUUGUGUCUCUGGGCGUUGGCGUUGUGUUACUGAGCGUUGGCGUUGUGUCUCUGGGCGUUGGCGUUGUGUUACUGAGCGGUGGCGUUGUGUUACUGAGGGGUGGCGUUGUGUUACUGAGCGGUGGCGUUGUGUUACUGAGGGGUGGCGUUGUGUUACUGAGCGGUGGCGUUGUGUCUCUGGGCGGUGGCGUUGUGUCUCUGGGCGGUGGCGUUGUGUUACUGGGCGGUGGUGUUGUGUUACUGAGCGGUGGCGUUGUGUCUCUGGUUGUUGGCGUUGUGUCUCUGGGCGCUGUGUCUCUGGGCGUUGUGUCUCUGGGCGUUGUGUCUCUGGGCGUUGUGUCUCUAGGCGUUGGCGUUGUGUCUCUGGGCGUUGUGUCUCUGGGCGUUGUGUCUCUGGGCGUUGUGUCUCUGGGCUGUUAGGUCUCUAGG